AUGGCAAGCAGGGCAAAGCAAAUUGCGACCUUGCUGCUUGCAGCGAUUUGGUCUUCCCAUGCGGACAUGUAUCUCAAUAACCCACGUGGAUCGAACAACAAGUUGCGGGAGCAGAGCAAUAACGUCCAAAAUGCCAACCGGCUUUUUGACUCGCAGAACAACGCAGCUUCGGGUUAUCAGAUUGGCGAUGACUGCAAGCCCGCAUGCAAAGACGGCGACAACAACUACGAUGUCACCGUCGAAGGCGCCACGCUGGGAACCAUGAAGUACUACCAAGGAUCGGAAGUGUACAUCGAGUGGCAUAAUCAGCAUGGCUGUGGUGUAGGACAUCCGAACCUGCACUGCCAGAUCAUCCUGCAGUACACGACCGAUAAGGAGAACCCUAACCUGCGAGAUGGGACGGACCAGGACAGCGCAGGUGGAGACGACAACGAUCCUACUGCGGAGGAGACGGCCGAAGUUGCACGAGGAUAUCACGAGACUCUGGAUUACUAUGAGUCCUGCAUCACAAGGGAGCGGAAUAAGGGCCUCUACACAGCAGAUCAGCAGAUCGAAGAGAAUGGCGGGGCGACAUCCACACGCCAGAACCCAAAUGGAAAUGGACGCCGUCGCGGAAACACAAGGCAUGGAUUGGAGUGCCCGGAGGAGAGGGACUAUUACCCCUACUGGCAUCCGACACCCUGGCACGACAUUGCCAUUUUGACCGACGAGCCGCAGAGCCGUUGCGAGUACUACAGAGCCGAGUCCCAGAACGUGAUGCCCAAGGGUCUUUGCUCCGACCCUUUGUACAACCAGCCCGACGCCUGCACUGGCAAUGGUGGAGAGUGGACAGAGGAGCCGGCCUUCGAGGAACCCCCACCCGAGUGCGUGGGAAGCAUUGGAAGCCGUGACAACCACAACGGCAACGUUCGCAACGGACAUGCGCAUUACUAUGUCUGGAAGAUCCCCGAGUACGUGAAGGGGCGAGUUGUCUUGCGAAUCCGCUACAACAUCAGCACCGGCGACUUCGGCCUGGGAUCUCUGGCAAACCCUAAGGAGGAAGGUGCCGAGCUGAAAGGCAUCAAGGCUGAUGACUUCUUUAUGGACAGCAAGUUCAACGAUCCGAACCCGGGCAAUCGCCGCCGCACGAUUUUCACGGGCCGACCAGCUGUGCCUCUGCCCUUGGCGCAAGAUCCUGUUGCAGACUGGCUUGGCCUUGGGGAGACGGGGGCCGAUUUGAGUCGCUUGCUUCAGAUUCAGGUGAACACCAACCAGUAUGGCCGGACUUUCGAAGAUCGUACCCAUACCUUCAUUGUCAUGGAGAGGCCAGCCGACGUCCCCAUGUCCAAGCGGAUCGUUAAUUACAACGUUCGCGGAAGAAGAGGAAACAUCGUGCAGGUCUACCCCUCGGUGGAGUACGACUUCGUUCCACCCGAGCUUGAGGUUGAGCAGGGGACCCUUUUGCACUUCCAGUGGACAGGCUCCGAUGCCAACAACAAUGGAAAUGCAGGAAAUGGCCGAGCUGGAACAGACCGAUCCAACCUGGUCCAGGUGCAGUCCCGCUCAGAAACGGUCCCGCUGCCUCUCGAGAAGCACACCUUGCUCUUCGACGCUGCAGCGAACCCUGGCGAUGCGGAAGGGAGGAAGCUUGUGGACAAAUUCGCGUUCUUGAACCAGGACGACAUUGUUACAUGUGAUCCUGAGACGAACAAUCAGAACUCGGAGACUAAUUGCAAGCAGCUGAAUGGCGCAUCGGCCUACUUCGAUGGGGGUCUUGUGGAAAUGAAGACGGUUGGCACCCAUCACAUUGCCAGUACGCGCAACAACGAUUUCACCAACCGGUCACACAAGGCGAGCAUCAAAGUGACAGGAGUCAUCCUGGAGUUCUACGAGAACAUUGCCUUGGGGGUGGCUGCCUUUUGUGGGUUGGUGCUCAUCAUCUACGUUGCCUGUGCUAUUCACGCUGUGAGGAAGCCUGGCAGCUGGCUUUUCUCCAGGCGCUACCGACCGCGGGUGUUGAACUGGGUGAUAGGCAAGGAUCGUAUGGCACGGCUGGUGGAGACACGGCGCCAGAUCGUCGCACAGCAGAGGAAGGAGUGGGCCAAGAAGGCCAAUGCCCAUGCGGCCGAUGAAGAAGGAGCCGAUGGACAAACAGCCGAAGUGGCUUUGCCGGAAGAGUCCAUGACGUGGUCCCAAGCCAUCAAGCGCUGCUUCCGCAAGUGCGGCGUCGGUGAGCAGCAGCUGACCACACUCAUGUAUGCCGUGCUCAAUAUCCUGGUCUUCCUCAUUGGCUUUCUGUCGAACAUGAAGGGUGGCUUCCAUGAGUCAUGGGCGUAUCCCAUCGCCAAGGGGGGUGGCUACGCCAUGGAUCUCAACUUCUCCAUGCUCGUGCUGCCCACAUUGAAGAGCCUUCAGACCACGAUGAGGCGCGUGAGCUCUUCACGCGAAUGGGUGCCAAUCGAUGACCCCAUCAACUUCCACAUCGUCAUCGCCAGCUAUACAAUGCUCAGUGCCGCUAUCCACAUUGUCGGGCACUGCUUCCACAUGUGGCUCAUCAAGACUUCUCCCGUCAUUCAGCUUGACCCUCUGCAUCUUUGGAAGCUCACAGCCGAGGAGCAAGCCAGUGGCAUGACCUUGCUGCAGCAGCUCCUGAACAUCCAAAUCCGCUGCGCCGCGCUCACGGGUGUAAUCCUCACCUUCAUGAUGCUCGCCAUCCUGCUGACGGCAGUAUCCUGCUCGCGCCGUGGCACGAACUGCCUCACUCGCCGCUGCUUCGGAUACAACCUGUUCUGGCGUGUUCACAUGUCCUGGAAGCUGAUCUACGUCCUGUUGCUCUUGCAUGCACCUGCUCGGCUUUGGAUCUGGUUCUUCUUCCCGGCCCUCUUCGUGCUCGUGGACCGUCUGCUGCUCGCAAACCACCAGGCCAUGUAUCUGACGCUGAGAAGUGUGAAGCUGCUGCCAAGAGAUGUCAUCGGCCUGACCUUUGAGGUCCCGCAGGGCUUUGCGUACCAGGCCGGUCAGUACAUCCUGCUGGGGUGGAAGGGUGAGUGGCAUCCCUUCACAUUGACAUCAGCACCGGAGGAGAACUGCAUCAGCGUCCACAUUCGAUCGCCCAACACCCUGGACUGGUGCUCUGCCCUUCGCAAGCGCCUCACGGAGGAAGCACCGGCCCAGGCACGGGGAGAGGCCAAAGCAGAGAAGCCGCCUAGGGCACCGCUUCUGAUCGAGUACAACAAGUGCUGCUUGCCUAACAGCCACAUCGUCUACAACGUGCCCAAAGUCUCCGGCGCCGCGAAGGAAGAUGAGCUCCUUGUCACAGACCUGGACGCCCCGCAUGACUCGAAGAAUACUGAGGGCCCUCGCCUGCUCGGGCGAAACACCUCGGGAAAAAUGGGUACAGCAGUUGCUCGCUCUGGCGAGACACUGGUCAGCAGCCCACCCAAUGGCAGCCUUCCUCAGGAGGCUGUGGUGCUGCAGGUGACAGGGCCUUUCGGAGCACCGGCGCAGAAAGUGUGGGGUUUCGACACCCUGAUGGUGGUCGGUGCCGGCAUUGGUGUCACGCCCUUUGCUUCCAUCUUGCGGUCGGUGCAACUUCGCUCCAAGCAGAGAGAGACGAUCAUGUCAGCCGCCACCCGGCCCUCGAAUUGGCGGAACAUGAUGAGUGGCAACAACCCAAACGAGCUGGAUCCUAAAGCAAGCCUACAGAAGCUCGUGGAAGAUCUUGUCGUUGUGCCGAAGAAGAUCUACUUCUACUGGAUCUGCAGAGGGCAGGAGGAGUUCGAUUGGUUUUGUGAUCUCCUGGCAGCCGCCGCUGAUGGUCCAGCAGCGGGCAUCGUAGACAUCACGCUCUUCAUCACCGGUGAGGUCGAGCUGAGCCAGGUCAAGAAGCUUCCCUGCGCGUCGGGGCAGUUCUUUGGCCGACCCAAUUGGGGCCGCAUCUUCAAGCAGAAUCGCGAAAAGCAUCAAGGCGAGCACGUCGGCGUGUUCCUCUGCGGUUCGCCGAUCAUUGGAGAGGAGCUGUCGAGGCAGAGCAUUAAGAAUUCCGACCUCAUCGGCACCCCAGGAGGCACCCGUUUCUCCUUCUUCAAGGAGCACUUCUGA